UCAGUACUUGACACAAUCUCACGAGACAUUAUGAGGUUUGGGUGAUUAUUGUUUACAUUGCACACAAAAAAAAAAAAGAAACGCCAUGAGAACAGAACCGAAUCGAUCCGGAUUCAAGUGAAACGGCAACUUUUCAGGAGAGCAAUUUUGGAUUCUAUACGAGGAAGGAAAACGACGUGCGGAGCCCAACUUUGUUUUGAUCGUACUGGACCCGAAAAGCAUCCCCGCCACAGGGGGAGGAAAAAAAAGUAGGGGUGAAGUGACGCCAGCUUUAAAGACAUCAUUUAUACCUGGUGGAGAGCGGGGUGAAGUAAUUCCAGGGUCGCCAUCGUGUGGACGGGGAGUCGCGGUAUCGCAACAGUUAUGGUGCUCGGCGACGGGGACGUGAAGGGGAUCCCCGCCUAAGGAGUGCUCAAAGGCGGGUCCGGGAUACCCUCAGCUGCCGAGGCCUCCCGAGCGGAGGGGGCGGGGGGAGGGAAUCCUUCGUCGGAAUCCGGCCGUCAUCCUUACCCCGAGUUUACCGCGCGACCCUCGCUUACAAGCGUCACGCGAGGCCCGAGGCUUUGGAUGCGGCCUACCCCGGGAGGGACUGACGAGCACCGGGGGAAACAACGGGGACGCCACCCGGGGAUUAACAGCAGGCUCGGAGGAGCAAGGAAAAGCUCGAGUGCACCAUGAUGGAAGAACUGCACAGCCUGGACCCCCGGCGGCAGGAGCUGCUGGAGGCUCGCUUCACCGGGGUCGGUGUGGCUAAGGGCUCGGGCCAAAGUCAGAAUGAGUCGUCCAACCAGAGUCUGUGCAGCGUCGGCUCACUCAGCGACAAAGAGCUUGAGACACCAGAGAAAAAGGCAAAUGACCAGAGGGUCCGGAAACGGAAAGCGGACCAUUUUGAUGGCAGCCAAGGCAAAGCAGGAACAAGGGGACAUAAAAUUAGUGAUUAUUUUGAGUUUGCGGGAGGCAGCGGUCCCGGUACGAGCCCUGCCAGGGGGAUCCCACCAGUGGUCCGCUCUUCCCCGCAGCACUCCCUCUCCAACCCGCCGGUCACGGUACAGCAGGGAAGCCCGUCGUCGGUAGGCUCGGCCAACACGGAGCACUCGUCAUGCUCUCUGAAACCCGUCGCCCUUUACCUGCUGCACAAAGCCACACAGUCUGACCUUACUAUAGAGAGGCUAAUCGCGAUGGAGAACAACAAGAACUCCGAUCUGGAGAAGAAGGAGGGACGCAUCGACGAUUUGCUGCGGGCUAACUGUGACCUGCGAAGACAGAUCGACGAGCAGCAGAGGAUGCUCGAGCGAUAUAAGGAGCGCUUGAAUAAGUGUGUGACCAUGUCCAAGAAGCUGCUGAUUGAAAAAUCCAAGCAGGAGAAGAUGGCGUGCCGCGACAAAAGCAUGCAGGACCGGCUACGGCUGGGUCACUUCACCACUGUCCGACACGGAGCGUCUUUCACCGAGCAGUGGACGGACGGCUACGCCUUCCAGAACCUCAUCAAACAACAGGAGCGCAUCAACUCGCAGCGAGAAGACAUCGAGAGACAACGCAAGUUGCUGGCCAAGCGGAAGCCGCCUUCCAUGGCCCAGACGCCGCCGCCCAACCUGGAGCAGAACAAACGCAAGAGCAAAGCCAAUGGCACAGAGAAUGAAGCGUUAUCACAGGCAGAGUACCACGAGCAAGAGGAAAUCUUCAAGUUAAGAUUGGGGCAUCUAAAGAAGGAGGAGGCCGAGAUCCAGGCGGAACUGGAGAGAUUGGAGCGAGUCCGCAACCUGCACAUUCGCGAGCUGAAAAGAAUCCAUAACGAGGAUAACUCCCAAUUCAAAGAUCACCCAACGCUAAACGACCGAUACUUGCUUCUCCAUUUACUCGGACGCGGGGGUUUCAGCGAAGUUUACAAGGCCUUUGAUUUAACAGAGCAAAGGUACGUGGCGGUCAAAAUCCACCAGCUCAACAAAAACUGGAGGGACGAGAAAAAGGAAAACUACCACAAACACGCAUGCAGAGAAUAUAGAAUCCACAAAGAGCUUGACCACCCGCGAAUAGUUAAACUCUACGACUACUUCUCGCUCGACACGGACUCGUUUUGCACAGUUCUGGAGUACUGCGAGGGCAACGACCUGGACUUCUACUUGAAACAGCACAAGCUGAUGUCCGAGAAGGAGGGUCGCUCUAUCAUCAUGCAGAUUGUUAACGCCCUCAAGUACCUCAACGAGAUCCGGCCGCCCAUCAUCCACUACGACCUUAAACCCGGCAAUAUCCUGCUUGUGAACGGCACGGCGUGCGGCGAGAUCAAGAUCACGGACUUCGGCCUGUCCAAGAUUAUGGAUGACGACAGCUACAACUCUGUCGACGGCAUGGAGCUCACCUCGCAGGGAGCCGGCACAUACUGGUACCUGCCGCCCGAGUGUUUUGUAGUCGGAAAAGAGCCGCCCAAAAUCUCCAACAAGGUGGAUGUGUGGUCCGUGGGAGUAAUUUUCUACCAGUGCUUGUAUGGCCGCAAGCCUUUCGGCCACAACCAGUCUCAGCAGGACAUCCUGCAGGAGAACACUAUCCUGAAGGCCACAGAUGUGCAGUUCCCGCCCAAACCAGUUGUCACGCCGGAAGCCAAGGCAUUCAUCCGGCGCUGUUUAGUGUACCGGAAGGAGGACCGCAUCGACGUGCACCAACUAUCCAACGACCCUUUCCUCAUGCCGCACAUCCGCAAGUCUGUGGCAUCCUCUGGCAACUCUGCCAUGGCGGUGGCCUCCACGUCUAGCUCCUCCAACAGCAGCGCCUCCAACUGAGACCCCCACCCCACCAUCACCACGACACAGCCUCCUUCUCAUAGCAUCCAUCUUGAGGAGGAAAAGACAACUUGUCCUCACCUGUCCACUGCUGGUGGUAGGCGUCAAAGCCCACCUUCGCUCCUGGGCUUUGGCGUUUCGGGGUUUUCUGCUGAAAAAACAAAACAAAAAAAAGUAUCCUAAUGCUUCAGCUUGGCCAUAAGGACGAGACUGUUUUGUCCACUCCCUUACUCGCAAACCCAUGCUUGAGCCCUCUCUGGUGGACGUUUUUUGCAUUACAAGUCAGCCCCCCCCCCCACCGGCACAGCAUAGAAGUCCCAGAAUUUGUGUGUGUUUGUGUAUGCGCGAUGAGAGGAGGCCAUUACACACACGCCUUCUCUCUGCCAUCCCCCCGUCAGCCCUGUGACCAAAGCUUUUAACCAGAUGGUGGCGCUGUUCCUCCUCGGUUCUCCACAGAAAUGCUUGACAUGGAGUGGAAGCACUGAGGAACGCCCCCCGCCCACCUCCACGCGACCCUCAUCUCCUUUGACAUUUUUGGGAAGAGCAAAACCAUUUUUAAGGAGAAAACGUUUUUUGUUUUUCCUCAAGUUGCCUUUAAUUAGAGCUUACUGUUUUGUUGACCUGCUCUACUUCUACCCCCCCAUUCUCUUCCCCUUCACGAACACACAUAUUUAUUUAGUUAUGUUUGAAUUCAAUUUCUGGCCAUUUUAAAAUGAAAGGAACUUAUUGACCUUCCAGUACUUUUCUUGCGGAGGGCGUGGGGGGGGGGGUUGAGCCUGACCCGGACGUUGCAUAAACCAUUAAAAACUAUUGUUUCAAA